AUGAGCUUCAUCAAGGCCGCAAGCAGCGAGUACCCUGAAGACUCUGAAUCAGAUGGCCCGGGGCAGAGAGAUUCGAUAACAUUCUCCUACCUGGAGAAAAUGGCAGGAGUCGAAGAUGCAGAUAUUUGGCAGUCAUUUUGCAACAUGGCACUGCCUAUUUUGGAGGAACUCGAACCCCUCUGCGAAACCAUGGCUUCCUCUCGCGUGCUUCGGCCUGCUUUGAGGAAGGCGGCAUCUCACUGGCUGGAACAAAUCCGCGAUCUUCGUGAUCAAUCGGAGCGGUCCCGUCAGACCAUUAUCGGUGUUCUGGGUAACACGGGUGAUGGCAAGAGCUCAAUCAUCAAUGCUCUUCUUGAUGAAGAGAAGAUACUCCCAACGAGCUGCUUGCGAGCCUGCACCGCUGUCGCCACCGAGAUCUCCUACAACCAUGACGAGGACGAAGAGAACAAAUACCGGGCGGAAAUUGAGUUCAUCUCCCGCAAACAAUGGACCCGGGAGGUGGAUAUUCUGCUUAUGGAUCUUCAGCCAGAUAGCACAACGGAGAAGAACCACCUAGAUCUGGAAAGUGAAAGUGACGUAGCCAAAAAAGCUGGCGCCAAGAUUCAAGCUGUAUUUCCGUCGAUGACCCUUCGAGACUUGGCUGGCUGCACAUCGGCACAGCUAGUUGAUCACUCGAAUGUCGUCAACCUCCUUGGUACUACCAUUACACUGAGAUGUCCAACUUCUCAAAAGCUACGCGAGAAGAUUGAGGUCUAUAUCGAUUCUAAAGAUAAGGACGAGGAGAUUGGGGCCUUCUGGCCUAUAGUGAAGGUUGUUAGGAUCUUCGCUAAGGCUGAAGUGCUCGCCAACGGCGUGACAAUCGUGGAUUUGCCUGGCCACCAAGAUUGGGAUGCGGCCAGAGCUGCAGUCGCCAAGGACUACAUGAAGACAUGUUCCGGUGUCUGGGUUCUGGCUAAUAUCAACAGAGCUACAGACAACAAGACAGCAAAGGACAUCAUGAGCACUGCUAUCAAGCGUCAACUCAAACUUGAUGGGGCUAUCUCAGCCUUGACCAUCAUAUGUUCCAAGACAGACGAUAUGGUUAUUAGCUCAGGUAUGGAAAGCCUGAGGACGAAGUUGGACGAAGACACCAAGCAGGCAUGGUCCGAGGUUCAAGACCUCAGUCGCCGUAUCAGAUGUCUGGAUACGAAGCUCGAGGCAGUCCAGAAUGGAGAGAAGACAGCCCGCGUCUCUACAACUGACGUGGAUGUAAGACGCCCUGCCAAGAGACUACGACUCGGAUCACUUUACAACCCAGCAUCAGCAUCAGAUGACAGGGGAAGGUCUUUCAACCAGCUACACAAGGACCGAAUGGAGUUGAAGGAAGUGAGACGAGGAAUGAUCGACAAGGUCCAUGUGAGUCUCAUACAGAAACGUAAUGAGCUUGCCCGACAAGCCAUCAAAAAAGACCUGAUUAGAGACUUUCAAGAUCUUGAUCGGCAACACGCCGCGAGCAGCAAGGCUUCUGAGGAGCCCAGGGACUACGACAAGAUGUUUCUAUCAACUCCAAUCUUCUGCACCAGCAGUCUCAUGUAUCAGAAGAUGAAAGGUCUCGUUGAAUCUGAAAACGAAGAGACACCUGGCUUCACGUGCGAGAAUGACACCGAAAUCCCUCAGCUUCGAGACCAUGCUCAAAAGCUUACAGAAGAACUUCGCAUCGUGAACUACCAAGAAGUAUUGAGUGGAGUAUGCUCUCUCCUGAACUCAGUCGCCAUCUGGGCCGAAGGAACGGCACAUACUGGAAUUGACGAAGACUGGCUCAUGAACGAACUGGCCAAGAUUGACAAUAAUCUCAAAGCAGAAGUCGAGUGCUGCAUCCAGAAAGUGUAUGCGCAAACAGAGACCAUCCUAUUCAAGGAGAUGGAUCGCCUGAGCGCCACUGCCAUAAAGGCAGCAGAUCACACCGUUCGUCGCUGGGGCAGCAUCCACCACAGCACACUGAAGGCAGCGUUCCGCCGUGGUGGAAUCUUCAAGUCACACAACUUCAACGAAGACUUACUGAAACCUAUUCUGUUAAUUGCGAAUACAUGGGAAAGAUUUUUCCAGAUCACGCUUCCAAACGAGCUGUCCAACUUCGCCCUUGCCACCACCGAUAUACUUGGCAAGUUCCACAGAGAUGUCAUGCAGAUACUCCGAUGUCAAGGAGUCGACGACAGCAUUUACUCAAUCAGGCUUCUGGACCAGCAGAUUAAAUUUCACCAAGGAGAAAUCAGUCGCUUUGUGGUCUUUAGCCCGCGUCGAGUCAACGAAGCUACGAGAGAAGCAAACCGUUCAAUGACUGUACCAGUCGCCAAGGCAAUGGCUCCAGGCUAUGCGCUCUGCGCUCAAAUCUGUGGAAAAGGAUCAGUCAAGGCGAUGAGAGCCACGAUUGAGGAACACGUCUCCAUUCGAAAGAGAAAGAUGUUUCACAGAGCAACAGAGUACGUCAAAGAUGACAUACAGGAAGUUAUUGAUGACAUCUGCGAGGACAUGGUGGCCGAGGUUAAGAAAAUUUCCACCACCAUGGGCAACGACUACAGGCUGGCAUUGGCAGAGGGACAGGAGACGUCACGCCGUCACGAGAAGCCAUUCAAAGAAAAUCUUCUUGGAUUCUUGGAGCGUGCUAGAGACAUAGAGCUUUUCAGAUAA